UCUAUAAAAAUUCUUUCAAGGCAAAGGCUCAAAGUUUAAUCUCUUGCAUAUCAUUCUCUCUUCUCACAAAGCAAUAAACAGUAAAGGCUUUUUUUUUUUAUGCUUAGAAAAAAAUCUAAAAUGAUCAUCACAAAGUGAGAAAAAAGAGAAAGGAAAAUUAAUUUUUUUUUGUUCUUUUUUGAUGAGAGAGCUUGUCAUCAGUCAGUGCAACAAAUGAUGGCCGGAAACCCUAGCUGGUGGAGCAUGCAUCCACCAUCGAUCUCUCAGCAGCCUUCUACUUUGUUAUCUUCAUCAUCUCCUUUCCCUUCUCAAUAUGUUCUUGGAUCUUCUUCACUUACUUUGAAUUCUUUGCCUGAUAACAACCAAGAUCAGCUUCCUCAGUCAUGGAGCCAGCUACUUUUGGGUGGGUUGUCAGGCGAAGAAGACAAGCUUCUUAAUAUUUAUCAUUUCCAGUCUAAAAAGUUUGAAAAUUAUGAAGAUCACCAAAUCAUAAAUCCGUCUCUAAGAUCACCUGCCGCUGAUGUUAAACAAGAAGUAUAUGGCCAUGGAGGCGAAGAAUUUCAAGCUCCAACGCCUGCAAAUUGGCCACAAAUCAUGCCAGUUUCAUCCCCUAGGUCUUGUGUUACUAGCUUAAACACUAAUAUAUUGGACUUCUCUGUUACCGAAGUAGAUGGGAACAAUAAUAAUAAUAAUCAGAACCCAGAUCAUUCAUCUGAGUGUAACAGCACGGUCACCGGUGAGAUUUGCAAGAAGGCUAGGGUUCAGUCCUCCUCCUCAAGCCAAGUUAGCCAACCACCAUUAAAAGUGAGGAAGGAGAAGCUUGGUGACAGAAUCACAGCACUUCAUCAACUAGUUUCCCCAUUUGGAAAGACUGACACCGCUUCUGUCUUGUUCGAAGCUAUUGGGUAUAUCAGAUUCCUUCAAGGUCAAAUCGAGGCCCUCAGCUCGCCUUACUUGGGCACUCCUGCAAAUUUGAGAAAUCACCCUCACUGUGAUCAGAUGCAAGAUAAGCCAGAUGACUUGAGGAGUAGAGGAUUAUGUUUGGUUCCAGUGUCUUGCACUCAACAAGUUGGAAGUGACAAUGGAGCUGACUAUUGGGCUCCGGGUCUCGGCGGAGGAUUUUGAUGAAGGCAUGGAGGAGCUGACUUAAUAUAUAUGAAUGAAUGGUAGAUUGGGGAUAAUUUGAUUUUAUGGGAAUGGUAUAACAUCAUGAGCAGUCAAUCUGCUGAAAAACUAAGGCUGAUUGCUCAUGAUGCUAUGCAUUCUAGAUCAAUCAUCGAUAUCCGAUGCAUGUGUUUAUUGUUAUUAGUAUUUCUAAUUACGUUGAGAUUAUAAUUAAGCUUUGCAUGCAUGUUAAUUAACUAGAGCUUCAACCCCAUGAAGUUCAGUUUUUAGUAUGGGAGUAGCAAUAUAAGUUUCUCUAUUUUAUUCA